GCGAUCUCUGCAACGAGAGCAGGACAGAGUUGGCCUUGCAGACAGCUGUUUGGAUCUUACCCAGAGGGCCAAGAAUGCCUUGAGUGCGGCAUCGAUUGGUUUGUGGCUGCUGAUACCUGUGUCCUGCAUGUUGGUGGAUCCGCAUCUUCAGGUACCCCUCAUCUUGAGCCUUUGGCUUCUGACGGUCUUCUUUCUCAUCCUCUGUUGCUCUGCGAAAUGCACAAGCCAAGGGAUUCACGGAUCGAUGGGCGAGAGACGACGACCUCCAAGACUUUCAGAGAUUUGGCCUGGGAGUUAUCAGGAGACAAAGAUGCUUCUGUUCCUCUUGGGGCUCUUGAGCAGUGUGGCAUGUGUCAUUUCACUGGCUCGGGGUGGAGCGUUUAUGCUCUCGGCGAUGAGGUCGCAGAGUGAAGAUGGCUGUUCUGUCGCGCACCUGAAGAAGUUUUCCUCCCAGGGCCUUGGGGCCUUCCGCUGCGAGGAUGGAAGUUUGGAUGCCGAGCAUGAAGGUACAGUUCUUUUGCGCCAUGGAUGGAAGCGUGAUGCGGUGGAGGUCUAUCGAAUGGCGCCGGUGUACCUACAUGAAGAUGCUUUGCCAGUGGCUCGGGCCGUGGCCAAGGACCGACCUUUGUCAGGCGGUUCCUGUGGGCGAGGUCUCUGCGGCUUGUUCUUGCGACCCCAAGAGGAGGAGGCCGUCCUCUUGGGCCAGUUGGCGAAGGAGCUGUCGCACACCUUGGGUUUCUCAAAAGAGAAGGAUUUUCAUCUUCAGUCCAUGCCGCUAGUGGCGCUGACAGAUCCCAGCAAUCCCUUCGGCUCCAAGCAGAUGUUAUCCUGGGCGGCCGUCUUCUAUUUCCUCGCGUUACUGACCCUGCUAGCAUUUCAGCUGGAAUUUCGUGGUAGCAACGAUUAUGAGUUACUCAGUACCAAGUCUCCUGAGACCGACACAGAGACCUGAGGAGGUGAGAGCUGCAAGGGGAGUUUGUAAAAAGGCCCCAAGUCUGAGAAGUUUCCGUUGGUCAACAUACGCGAUUUUGUUGGAUUUAUG